GUAGUGGAGAUUUAAAUGAGACCAUCUAUGAAAAACACUAGCACAAAGCCUGGCACCCAAGUAAACAGUAAAGCCCCUGUUCUUACUUGGUGUGAUCAGAGAAAGUGAGGGCUUCCCUUCUAUCAAAAUGUUUGCACUGCUGGCCUUUCACUGCCCCUGGGACUUCAGACAUUGUCUCAGGAGGACUCUGUUGUAAAAGAACUCUCUUUCCUAGGCAUCCACACUGCUCUGCGCCGCCACCCUGAGCAUCCUUGCAGCUGCGUUAUCAGUUUAUCAGAUUGGCCCUGAGGGGUUGGAGCACAAGACAAGCCAGCCAAAGAACCUAGAAGGGAAGAAGGAAAAAGUUUUUCAUCCCUGCAGUUUUGGCGUGUAAUGUGGAGCUCUUUACUGGCUGCAACAGCUCAGAGAUCCUGGGACAUCUGACAGGAGCCAGCAGAAGUGAGCUCAUAGAGCCUCAGAAUGCUUCUCAGCACGCCCUCCAGGAAGGCCCUGCCAGUAACUGAAGAACCAAAAAAAGACAAAAACAUAUGUACCAUUCCUAGGCAAGAUGUCAGAGUGCAUAGAGAAGAGAGCUUUUCAGAUCAGACGUGAAAGAAGACACGGAAUUCACGUAAAUCGGAUGAAGAAACUGAGGACAAAAGUCUCACAGUGACCACAUGUGGAGCUGGGUGAGACUCUCGCCGAGAGACAGUGUGUGUGGUUUACAGCAUGUGACUUGACAACUCAGUACAUUACCCAAUGCUCACCAGGAGGGGACUGAAAGCCCCAGGAAAACUGGCUAUGAGCAGAGAAAAGCCUUUUCUGUGCAGAGGAAACUAGGGCUCUGGCAUUUUUGGACUCUGUCUCUUCAACUAAAACCCUGCUGAGGAGUUCAAGACCCAUACAGAUGUUGGAAGAUAACCUGCAAAAGAAAUGGACAUAUAUGUCAUCUCUACUAUUGCCUCAAAUAUGUGGAUGUGUUCUUGGCUUUGUGCCAUUAUAAUUAUUUUGGCCAUCGCUGAUAUGGACACAGUAGCAAAGACCACACCACGGACCAAAUUUACGAAGAAAUCUGAGGGAAAAGAGGUGCUGAAGGGUCUCAAGCCGUCCAGUGGCCCGGCUCCAGAAGAAGAGGACAUUCCUUUCACGGAAGCAGUUGACAUGGCAGAGCCGGCCCCCAGCCCCCCAGCCCUAGAGUCUGCCUUCAGCGCCGCCGCUCUCUUCCCCUUUGAAAACUUCACUCUUGACGCGGCCGAUUUCUUUUUGAACUGCUGUGAUUGUUGCUCAUUUGUACCUGGGCCAAAAGGAGAACCUGGAGAGACUGGAAAGCCAGGUCUUAAGGGAGAGGCUGGUGAUAUGGGGAUCCCAGGGCCACCAGGAGUUGUUGGGCCCCAAGGGCCAAAAGGUCAGAAAGGAGAGAAGGGACUAAAGGGAGAACGUGGGGACCAAGGAACAAGUGGAGUUCCAGGGUACCCAGGAAAACCUGGAGAACCAGGUGGCCUUGGUCCAAAGGGGGAUAGAGGAAACAUCGGACUGGAGGGAGUGAAAGGACAAAAGGGCUCCAAGGGGGACACAUGUGCAAAUGGUACCCAAGGAGAUAAAGGAGACCGGGGGGCUGUGGGCUCACCAGGCUUGAACGGAGAGCCUGGGGCCAAGGGGGAGAAGGGUGAGAUGGGGGAGAAAGGCUACUGCGGAGAGUCUGGGGAGAGGGGAGGAAAAGGAGAAAAAGGCGAGGAAGGUCUGAAAGGAGAAAAAGGUAGCAAAGGAGAUAUUGGAACGGAGGGCAAAGGCGGCCCAGAUGGCCUGCCCGGGACCCCAGGGGAUCCAGGGGUCAAAGGAGAAAAGGGGGAGUUAGGGCCCCCUGGUCUUGUGGGACCACCGGGGCCAAAAGGUGAGCUUGGGAGCAAAGGGGUCCGAGGAUCUAUUGGCAAGAAGGGCUCUCGGGGCCUCAAAGGCUCCAAGGGGGAGGUGGCCAGAGUUGUGCGGUCAGCUUUCAGCGCUGCUUUAUCGAAACCUUUCCCUCCUCCCAACAUCCCUAUCAAAUUUGACAAGAUUCUCUAUAAUGACCAAGGAAAUUACAGCCCUGUCACUGGCAAAUUUAACUGUAGUAUUCCUGGGGCAUAUGUUUUUUCCUACCAUGUCACUGUGAGGAGCCGACCAGCUCACAUCAGCCUGGUGGCCUGGAAGAGGAAGCGGUUCAAGUCCAGAGAAACGCUCUAUGGUCAUGAAAUAGACCAGGCCUCUCUCCUCAUCAUCCUGAAAUUAAGUGCAGGGGACCAAGUCUGGUUGGAAGUUUCAAAAGAUUGGAAUGGGGUAUAUGUCAGCCCUGAGGAUGACAGCAUUUUUACUGGGUUCCUUUUGUACCCAGAGGAAAAUUCUGGAAUUUCACCAUAAACUUGUGUCUCAAACACUGUAGUUUGGGUUCAGUGGAAUAAGUCAGGCAACAUAAGGUAGCACGAUUAAAAAGAAUAGCUUUCAUUAUUUUUUUUCAUGAUUAUAAAAAUAAUGCGGAAAAAGUAAGAAAAAAUUAUAUC